GAAAUCCCCAACCCUCUUGUUACCAUGACCACCACCAGAAGCAAUACUUUUAGUGAUGCUACUGUGGAGUAUGUUGUUGGAACUGUCCUGGAUGCUAACUCUGAGUCUCCUUACAGGCUUGUCCUGAAGGAAGCUGGUAUUGAAUCUAUGAUGGACAUUCUUGAGUUGACUUUGGAUGACCUACUGUUUCUGCAGUGGACUUCAGGAGAGGAGACCCCCAAGAAGUUGACCCUUGUCCAAUCCAAGCGUAUCAUGCACCUCAUUGCCUGGCAUAGAACUCAGGAUGACCCAAGCAAUGUGGAUUGGUUUUCAUUGACUCCUACAGUACUCAGACAGUUUAGAGAAGGUGAAAUCUAUUCCAAGCCCCAAUGUGCAGAUGAGAUGUCUGAAAAUUCCUACACUGUUCCCCAUGCCCAGCCAGCAUUGCCUAAUGCUGCUUAUGACUUUGACAAAGGUACUAAGAGAAGUAUUGCUGACUAUCCUGUUCUGAAAGAAGCCAAACAAUGGUCCUCUUGGAAUCGCCAGACCAGAGCUCUUGCCCUUUCCCAUGGCCUACUGAAUGUAUUUGACCCUGCCUAUGUUCCCCUCAACCCUGAUGAAGCCUCUCUGUUUGCUACUCAGCAAAGAUUUGUCUUCAGUGUGUUUACCAUGGCCAUCAAGGAAACCAAGGGAAUGAUUAUCAUACGCCAGCACUCUGAUGAAAAGAAUGCUACAUCUCUGUUUGGCAAUGCUCAGCUUGUCUACACUGCCUUGAUGGCUGCCUAUGAGGGUGGUGUUGUGGCUACACUUUCUGCUCAGUAUCAUGAAACCCUUCUCUUGAAUUACAACUUGAACAAUUCCUGGACCAAACCUCUUGUGACCUGGUUUUCUUCUUUUGAGCACAAACUGCUGGAUUUGGACAAUGUGCUUCCUACUCCCAAGGAUGAUGCUUGGAAGCGCAACAGACUUGAAAUGGCUGUGCUUCAUCAUACUCAGCUUCAGACCUUUCAUUCUACACUUUCUACCCAAGCACUUGUGAUGGGCAAGCAACAUGACUUCCUCUUUGAACUUGAAGCCUGCAAGACUCAAGCUGCCAAAUUGGAUGCGCAGGCUGGCAUGAAAGCUAAGACACAGAGGCAGACCAACAACCAUGAGCGUGGUGGGAACAAAGGUACUGGCCAUGGCAAUGCUUCCAACAGGAAGGGCAAUGCUGGCCGUGGUGCAUCCAAGGGUAAAGCCAAGGGAGGCAAGUAUUCUAACUAUAUUGACCCUGCAAAAUGGAAUGCUAUGACCUCAGAAGAAAAGCAAGCUGUCUAUGAUGCACGCUCUACACCCAGUGCAAGCAACACUCCCAAUGCAAACCCAGUCCCUUCCUCUGUGCUCAUCAACCAAGGUACUGUGCAACCAAGUUCUACUUCUGAUGCUGUUCCAACUGGGCAACACAUUGUCCCCAGUAGUGGUGCCUCUGCUCUCUCUGGUACCACCAACCAGUCUUUCAUCAGGCAACUGCUUUCUAAUGCUACUGCCAGAACUCCCACUGUACCUACUUCUUCCCAUGAUGGGGAGAUUGUCAUUGAUGGGCUCAGGUUCAGACAUGUUAAUAUGCACAAGGUCAGCUACUGUGUUAGCAACUAUGACUUGACCCUUCAGACCCACCAGGGUUCACUCAUUGAUGGUGGGGCUAAUGGUGGCAUGUCUGGUGCUGAUGUCAGAGUCUUGGAAAAGGGAUUUGCCACUGCUGAUGUUACUGGUAUUGGCAAUCAUGCUGUUUCCAACUUACCUAUUUGUCAGGUUGCAGGUGCUAUCAUGACUACAAAUGGAUUGAUCAUUGGCAUCUUCAGUCAGUAUGCACAUUUUGGAAAAGGCAAAACUAUUCAUUCUAAGCCUCAGAUGGAACAGUUUGGACUUACCAUUGAUGACAGAUCCAGACUUAGUGGAGGGCAACAAAGAAUGGUAACCCCUUGUGGACACAUCAUCCCUUUGCACAUUCGCAAUGGUCUUUGCUACAUGGAUAUGCACCCUCCCAGUGAUACUGAAAUGGAUGCCCACCCCCAUGUCUUCUUUACUGCUGACAUGCCUUGGGAUCCCUCCAUUUUGGACAAUGAAUACACUGAGCAUGAGUUCUCUGACUGUCUUGCACCUGAAGACUUCACUCCUUUGGAUCAUCGUGUGAACCAAUUUGGAACUACCACUGAUUCUGACUUCUACCUUGACACUUGUAUUCAUGCUGUCCAUAACAUGCAACUUGUGCAUUCCCAACAUGUCUCAACUCAAGUGCCUGACUUGCAAGCACUACGCCCUAAUUUUGGAUGGAUUCCUGUUGAGAGAUUGAAGAACACCUUGGCUAAUACAACUCAGUAUUACAGGGCUUCCAUCUCUUACCCAUUCAGAAAGCAUUACAAGUCCAGAUUCCCUGCUGCUAAUGUUCACAGAUUGAAUGAAUGGUUUGCUACUGACACCUUCUUUAGCAAUGUACCUGCUCAUGAUGAUGGUUACAAGCACCAUGGUGGUGCUACUAUGUUGCAAGUCUAUGCUGGCAAGGACUCUGGAUACUUAGCUGGGUAUCCCAUGAAGAUGGAAGGUCAAAUGCCCCAGACUCUAGAAGACUUUAUCCGUGAUAAAGGUGCUCCUUUGGGCUUGUUCAGUGACAAUGCUAAGGCCCAGACCUCCAAGGCUGUUGUGACCAUUCAGCGCCUCUACCAUAUUGCAGAUGCUCAAUCUGAGCCUCACUAUCAACAUCAAAACUUUGCUGAGCGCUGUAUCCAAAACAUCAAACGUAUGACCAAUACUAUUAUGGAUCGCACUGGCACCCCUGCCAAGUACUGGCUCCUUUGCACUCUGUUUGUCAUUGACCUAUCCAAUCACCUUGUGAGUGAUACACUUCAAGCAACUCCUUUGACCCGAUGCUUUGGUAUUCCCACUGAUGUUUCUGCUUACCUCACUUACCAUUGGUGGCAAUUGGUUUAUUUUGAGAACCAUGAUGGCUCUUUUCCCUCUACUCCUAAGGAAGGCCUUGCUCAUUGGGUUGGUCCUACUAAUAUGAAGGGGGAUGUAUUGACUUAUCAGUUGCUGACUGUGGAUACUCAGCAGCUGCUCUUUCGCUCCAACAUUCGUCCUGCUACCACUGACCCCAUGGUCCCUAAUGCUAGAGUUGAUGCCUCUGCUGCUCCACAUCUUCACCUGGAGGCAGGGGAGGAAAAGGACCAGUCAGACAACAUCAAGUCUAUCUCUGAUUUCCAAAAGAUUGAUCCUUCUUAUAUGAGUUAG